AUGGCUUGGGGCUGCAGGUGCACCUUCAUCCACUCCUCUCCUGCACACAGUCUCCUUGGGAACAAGGUGCACCUGCAGCCCCAAGCCAUGUCCUGCUACCCCCGGUGCCAGCCCUGCCAGCCCUGUGGGCCCACCCCGCUGGGCAGCAGCUGCAAUGAGCCCUGUGUCAGGCAGUGCCAGGACUCCACCGUCUUCAUCCAGCCCUCGCCCGUGGUGGUGACCCUGCCCGGGCCCAUCCUCAGCUCCUUCCCCCAGAACACCGCCGUGGGAUCCUCCAGCUCUGCUGCUGUUGGCAGCAUCCUCAGCUCUCAGGGAGUGCCCAUCAGCUCUGGGGGCUUUGGCCUCUCUGGCCUGGGCAGUGGCAUCUGUGGCAGGAGGUCCUUCCCCUGCUGA